GCGACGCCGCGCCGGGUCUGGAGCAGCAGCCGCGGAGCCGCUGGACGGAGCCGCCGACCGCGCCCGACCCGCCAUGGCCGAGAGCGACUGGGACACGGUGACGGUGCUGCGUAAGAAGGGCCCCACGGCGGCCCAGGCCAAGUCCAAACAGGCCAUUUUAGCAGCUCAGAGACGAGGAGAAGAUGUGGAGACUUCCAAGAAAUGGGCUGCUGGCCAGAAUAAACAGCAUUCAAUCACCAAGAACACUGCCAAGUUGGACCGGGAGACAGAGGAACUGCACCACGACAGGGUGACCUUGGAGGUGGGCAAGGUGAUCCAGCAGGGCCGGCAGAGCAAGGGGCUCACACAGAAGGACCUGGCCACGAAAAUCAACGAGAAGCCGCAAGUGAUCGCUGACUAUGAGAGUGGACGGGCCAUCCCCAACAACCAGGUUCUGGGCAAGAUUGAAAGAGCCAUUGGCCUCAAGCUCCGGGGCAAGGACAUUGGGAAGCCCAUCGAGAAGGGGCCAAGGGCGAAAUGAACACAAAGCCUCGAAAUCAGUUGUUGCGGCUGAUCUCGUUGGCUGGUUCCUGACCACCAGAACCAGCAUGGGUCUCUUCACCUGGCCAGCGGCGCGUGGGGCACCGGCCUUGCUGGGGAACCUCCUCAUCCCAUACCUGCUGUCAAACAAACAAAACCUUGCAAAG